AUGCCAUGCCCAAAUACUGAUCCAGUGGCAGCGCUUGAUUGGCUCUUCUCAUCUUUGGAGAAGGAUCUGAAGGAAUCGAAGAUGUGGCCGAUCCGAUUGAUGCAGCACAAGCAUCAAGACACACUGAGAAAUCUUCUUGCAAAGCAUUCGCAGCUCAUUGAAGAGAAGUAUUUUGUGCUCCAGCAGUGGAAGGUCCAGAAGGACGCUGGCCAAUCCCUGGACUUGGCCGUGCUCACCGGGGUGAUUGUGGAUGUGGCCUCUAUCCGUGAUGCUUACUUAGGUGAUGCUGCGGCCGCUGCAGGCCUUUCCAAGCCCAAAGGUGGCAAAAAGAGGAAGUCAGCUGAUGACACAAGCCAAGACCAUCGCUCGAAGAGACCUCGGCUCACUCCAUUUAUUUCCCCUCAUGUGCUGGAAGCUACCAAAGAGUAUGACUGCAGGAAACCAGUGACACCUACUCCUCUGGGGGAAUUGCUGCUUGAGAACUACGCUAGUGGCAAAAAUGCUAUGGCACGAGAAAAACAGUACCCAUGGCUGAAAGGUGACUACAGCUUCAUGUUGUCAAGCUUACAAGGGGACCUGAAAUGGGUGAACCACACCUACGGUUCCGCAGUCUACACAAUUCCAGGGGCACACCCCAAGAGGAUACUGCAUGAUAUGGCGCAUAGCCAAUAUCUUGGAACUGGAAAGACAUUGAACGGUGGCGCGCUGGUUGUGCUAUGUGAAACCGGCCUGUGGGGAAACAUGCAGGGGCCAGGCAAGUAUGAUGAAAAACUUCAAGUUGCCUUGCAAGAGGCGCACGCUGAUUUUCUUGCAUGGAAGAAGCAAAAUAAAAUUGCUUGUACCCAACCUCGUUUCACACUAGCUAGGGUGAAUAGACGACAUCGCCAAAUGUGGCCGGUUCUGAAUUCCAAAGCAAUUGCUGGAAAAACAAUUUCUUUUUUCCUCACAGAACGUGCUGUUGCUUGGGCAAACAGACCUAAUGCAACGCUGUUGGAGAAAACGCUGGCAACAUGCCUCUGGAGCUAUGCCCGGAUGGUAAGCGUCAUGGAUUCUGCCAAAAACAUUUUUACGGAGGCAGAAGCAGAGCAAUUUCAGGAACAUUGUUUUGUGCAUUUGCAAGCAUAUGCAAAUUUGAAUGUACAGGGCUUUAAGGCCAAAGGAAAAGAACCAGGAAGAAAUUGUUUUGUGUUGCUACCAAAGCACCACUUUUUGUAUCACGCAGGGGUUGACGCGAAGGAAACGCGAUUAAACCCAAAACAUUUUAUGUUGCUCAGUGCAGAAAGCUUUGUUGGCUACGUUGGGCGUAUUGGACGCCGCACGCAUCGUUCUUCGCUAACGUUGCGCACAAUUCAAAAGUAUUUGGCACUCAUGCACUUGCAUGUGCAAAGGUUGGAGAGGGGUGAGCAGAGUUAA